AUGUGCAGCAAUACAUAUUUCUACAACACCUUCGCAAGAAAAUCAUCUUUAAAUGGCAACUUAACGAAACAGAAAUUCGAACGGUUACCCCGCAAUGGAAACAGAACUACUGCGUUUUCUAAGCUUUUAGUGGCAUGCGUCUUGGUCCUUUUAUGUCUAUUGCCCGUGUUCACCCAACGAGAAGGCGUUAUUUCCCAAACAAAACUGAGCAACAAUGCGAGAAGCUUGGCAAUGAAGAAAAUGGAAAACCGUCCCUGGUCUGGCCUUUCAACAAGCAGCUUAGACGAUCCUGAAUUUCAAAUGAUCAUAGAAAGAUGGGCCGAUUUUGAGGACAGGAUGCAAAGGAAAUGGGAAUACAUAGAAUACCUAGAACAUGAUGCAUGGCAUCAACUCUUGUUCGGCACCUGGUUAAUAGCAUCUCUAAUGAUGAACAAAUCAUCCAACACGACACGCAUAUUUGAAGAUUGGUUAAAUAUGUGCCAUGUAAUGGGAAUGAAACGUGUAAAUAAAAAUAAAGACGAUAACGAUAUUUUAAAUGAUGUCAUCAAAAAACUGAAACAUAAAGCUUUCAACAAAUUAAUUAAGGACUGGGAUGUCGAGGUAGAAGAUUACUGGAAAGAUAUCGUAAGAAUGAAGUUAGAAAAAAAUAUGGAAUGGUGUAAUAUUCUAAGAACAAAAUGUAACGCCUGGAUAAACUACCAUUUCAGCUGA